CUAUUCUACACUCCCAAAGUAGUGGCCAGUCUUGCUUCUUACAUUUGUGUCUUUGAAGCAUGCUGCAUUGCGAUCAAAUGUUUUUUGUAAUUUAAAGUCACACGUUUUAAACAAAAAUGGCUGAAAUGCAGGUCAAUGUACAAGUAGAUGAUGAUGAUGGAUGUUUACGUAACCAAGGAAAGCCAAGUGGUCAGCUAGACUUAAGCUUUAAUACCUCCGAUGUAAUCAAUGCAGAAUUUGACACGGACAAUGAAGAAGAGUCAUUCGAUGAGUCGCCUCUCAGCAUGGAUUGGGUGGAUUUGACUAAUUAUAAAUUACCAGCUGAUGGUUUAGCAAUAACUUCAUUACCAGGUUGCAGAUUUUCCGAAACUUGGCGGAAUCUUGACCAAGAUAUUGCAUUCAUAAAAAGCCAGGGAAUCACAAACGUGAUGUCUUUCUGCACCAAGGGUGACCUAAACCGGUGCAGGGUGAAGAACCUCUUGGAGAAAUAUGCUGCUGCCGGUCUCGAAGUCCAUGACUGUCCUCAUGAAGACAUGAUUCAACCCGAGAUUGAAAACCUCAUGAAAAUAAUUGAACAACUAGAGCUGAAUUUGAAUGCUGGGAAGAAAACCCUGAUGCAUUGCUGUGUUGGGCUUGGACGAUCUUGUCUUGUUGCUGCGUGUCUAAUGAUGUUGCAUAAUCCUGAACUUGAGCCAGAAAAAGCCAUUGAAAAUAUCCGGAGCAUUAGAGGACACCGUGCUGUCCAGUCUAUAAAGCAAUUUAACUUUAUCACAGACUUCCGGACCGAAUUGAACGAAUUCUUGACUAAAACGGAAGAGGCAACGGCCCGAGCUCUAUCUCGGUAGAUCCUAGCUGCUGUCUGGAAAGAUGUGGAAAUAGUCUCUCAUUAGGACUGCAAACUUGAACAUUCGUGUACCGAUGUGUCUUCAAAUUUAUAUCAAGAUCGUGAUACGACUGUGGACAAUACAUUCCCCAACUUGCCGAGAAUCAUGUUUUUUCUGGCAGGCCUCCUGACCAACCUACCUAUUUGUCUUAAUGCUUGAACAAGCACGUUAGUUUGGUUGAACUCAUUGCAUAAUUUCAAGUAUUUUGAUCCAUUUAAUCACACAAAUACUCUAUUUUCUAAUCAUAUUUGUUGUUAGUCUUAUCAGCUAUAUUAUCAACUGUAUUGAUAAUCUUUGUCAGUGGUAUCAAUUACUAUGAGGGACAUACCUGGGGCUCAGAAAUGCUGUCCUUAACGGAGAGGUAUUCUGAUCACAGAUGUCAAAUUGAAUAGAAAUCACCAGUUGAGAACCAAAAUCAGUGUCCUUAUGAGAGAGGGUGUUUUGCUAACAGAGGUGGCCACUAUGGCAGGUUCCACUGUAUGUCUUUUCUGUGAGUUCAGAAAUUCAC